UUUUCCAUGUGUUGCUCAUCCUCGUCGCCUUCUUCCCGUUUGAUCCGAUCCACGGGACGAUCGAUCGGUUGCUUGUCCUCUGGCGUAUUUCGGAGCCACGGCGCAUCGAAUGCCGGGGCGGCGCCUCCUUUUUGCGUGAUCGAUUCGUCUUCCUUGGAAUGCGGUGGGGCGAUAGGGUCUGAUCGUCAGGAAGAGGGAUUUUCGCGAGAUUUUGAGAGGCAGAGAGGGGGAUCGAUCACACCAUGAAGCUAUCGCGGCAGCAUCGAAGCGUUUGGAACAGCCGAUGGCUGGUUCUUGUGGCGUCGAUCUGGAUCCAGGCGUGCGCGGGGGUGGGAUACGUCUAUGGCAGCUACUCGCCAUUGAUCAAGAGCAGGCUACAUUUCAACCAGAAGCAGAUGAACAUCCUGGGCGUGGCCAAGGACAUGGGCGACAGCGUGGGGAUUUUUGCGGGCUCCCUCUCGGAUGUGAUCCCUCCCUGGGGUCUCGUGUUCUUGGGGAGCUUGCAGAAUUUCGUCGGUUAUGGAGGCAUUUGGCUCAUCGUGACGAACCCGGCGCUUCCAUCUUUCUUCUGGCUGAUGUGCGUGCUCAUGUUCGUUGGUACCAAUGGAGAGACUUAUUUCAACACGGUUGCUCUAGUCUCGUCGGUGCGCAACUUUCCCAGGAACCGGGGUCCAGUCGUCGGGAUUCUUAAAGGAUUCACGGGUCUCUGCGGAGCCAUCUUCACGUUGGUGUAUGGAGCUCUACUCUCUCCGAAUCAAGCCGCAUUUAUCCUGCUCGUUGCCGUUGCUCCGGUCUUUGUUGGACUGCUCGUGAUGCCGAUCAUACGUCCAAUCGAGACCGAAGCACCCGUCACUUGCGAAGAGAAGGAUAAGGAGGAAGCCGUCAACCUGGGGUUUAUCUACAACCUCUGCUUGAUCAUGGCUGGGUACUUGUUGGUGGUGCUGCUGGUUCAAGACCUCCUGGACGUUAGCAAGCUGGUGACGGGGAUAUUUGCUCUUGGCAUGUUUAUCUUGAUAGUGCUACCACUGGCGAUACCUUUGAAGCUGGAAACGCAGCAGCUUCAAGAAGCGAAGUUGACGGAGCCUCUGGUUCAAGCAGAGGCCGGUGCUGGCUCAAGUCAAGCAACCGAUGCUCCAGUCUAUGAUCCAUACUUCAGCGAGCUCGAGGACGAGAAGCGCGCUGCGAGAGCUCUUCCGGAACGCGUGGUUCAUGCCAAGCUUCAGAGAAUGCAGUCCAACUUGUACCGAGCCGUAGCGGAGGGAGCUAUCAAGGUGAAGAGAAGAAAAGGUCCUCGCCGUGGUGAGGACUUCACACUAAGGCAAGCUCUCGUGAAGGCUGAUUUCCUACUCAUGUUCUUCGCCCUCUUUUGUGGAGCUGGCUCGGGCGUCACGGCCAUUGACAACCUUGGACAAAUGGGACAGGCACAGGGUUAUCCAAAUGCUCACAUCUUCGUGUCCAUGAUGAGCAUAUGGAACUUUUUGGGACGCGUUGGCGGUGGAUUCGUCUCCGAGUGGGUUGUCAGAGAUUAUGCAUAUCCUCGGCCCUUGGUACUCGCUGGUGCUCAACUGGUCAUGGCAGUCGGACACUUUUUUUAUGCGAUGGCUUGGCCUGCCUCGUUGUACAUUGGCUCGCUACUGGUUGGCCUGGGUUACGGUGCGCACUGGGCCAUUGCGCCUUCUACCGUCUCGGAGCUUUUCGGCCUGAAAAACUUUGGAAGCCUCUACAACUUCCUCACGGUAGCGAAUCCUCUUGCGUCGCUGCUCUUCUCCGGGGUGAUCGCCGGCAGCAUCUACGACAGUGAAGCCGAGAAGCAAUUCGGAAUGCGACACAGGGACCAUCACCACCACGGCGGCCAGAACAACGGGCUGCAUUGCAAGGGGGCCGUGUGCUUCAGGAUGACGUUCUUGAUACUCAUGGGAGUUUGCAUACUCGGCUCCGGGCUGUGCAUGCUCCUGGUGAGGAGAACGAUGCGAGUCUAUGCCGGUUUAUAUGGAAAGCAGCUGCCGCAACAGCAACAGAGCGACCAGCUAGGAUCGAUUGCGGAGGAAACUGAGACGAGGCUUAAGUAGCGACUUGUUGUUUUGUAAUUUGCGUGUGCGAGCUUCGCGGUCUAUAUGGUCGUGGAAGCCUUCCCAGUGUACCAAAGAGAGUUCGUUUAAUCAGGAAAAGCUUCAAUGCUCGUUUAAUUAA